AUGUCCUUUGAUUCGGAACCAUCGCAGCGAGCAGCGUUCCUAAAGAAUGAAGUCGAGGAAGAGUUCGACUCACUGUCUCUUCCACAUCGACGCUGGAACAAGGCAAAACAAUGCAUCUUGCUGAGAACAUCCUCCUGGCCGUGGGUACUGUCUACGAUGGUAUUUGCCUGCACUACAGCACUCCUGCUUCUCCGGACAUGGACUGCCACGGAACACCAUGCCGGUCGAUUGCCGUGCGAUGACGAUCCUGGAGGGUUGCCCGUCGCACUUGGUGUCGGUAAUAAACGCAUCUCAAUGGAGUUCACGGGCGGUCUUACCUAUAACUCGAGUGGUUCUCUGAUUGCGGAGUACGUGCCAGGUCAAAGACGCUGGUCUGGAAAACCGUCCCCGACUAUGGACGAGGCCUGGGAAGAUUUAGAAGAAUUUUGGGUCGUGCUGCUUGAUGGCGAAGAAGCCGAUAACGUCCGGGGCAAAACACUUCUGCAAGAUGGGUAUUGGGUCACCGGACUCGAUGUUAUGCAUCAGAUGCACUGCUUGGACUCUCUCCGUAGGCUUAUAUACCCCGACUAUUAUCCCCGCAAGGGCUCGCCUCGCAACUGGGAGCUACACAUAAAUCACUGCGUCGACUACCUGCGACAAGCAAUUACGUGCCACGGGGACACGAACCCCGUGCGCUACAAAUGGCAUGACGGCAUUAAUUCAUGGGGUCCCGACUUUGCGACCAGCCGCUAUUGCCCUAGGGUAAUGGACGAUCUCGUCGAAUGGUCUGAAGCAAGGACUCCGAAAGCUAGGGCUGGCACUAAGGGAAAGGAGAGAACUGUGACGAAUGGAGUUGUCGUUGCUGAUAUGGAAGAAGAGGGAAAUAAGCUUGACCUUGAAGCUGGACGUUCGCAUCAUCAUGGAAGGUAG